CUAUCAUCCUCAGUGAUCACAAGAUACCAUAUUGCUACACCAUUCUUCAUAGAAAAGCCUACACCAUUACGAUCACGUAACCAUCGUCACUUUACUUUUGCCACGAUCCAAAUACUGCAUUACUACUGUCACAUACAUAAAAUUCUGUCGCAUUAAUUCUUUCUUCUAUCAUGUUAGUAACGUUCAAUGCUCGUUCCAACAAUAAGGAAUCCAGAGCUUCCCAGCCUAAAGCGGCCAAAGUUCUGCCGCCGAAUCGAAUAUCGAAGCCCAAGCAUCCCAUUAAGCACAUAAAUCUCACUGCAAGUUCUCCGACAUUCGCAAAGCUGACUCCAGAGUCUGCUACAGUACAAGUUAUACACGAUACCAAUGACUUUUUCAUGUUGAAAAACUCCAAAAGAUCACGGAACGGAUGCCUCACAUGUAAAAUACGAAAGAAGAAAUGCAACGAAGAAAGACCGCAAUGCUCUGACUGCCUUCGCCUUAGUAAAAAUUGUAUAUGGGUAGACUACGACAGCAUGUCAGAAGACGAAAUCCGCGUACUCAAGGAGAAGGUCGAAGCUGAAGAAAGUACCCUGAAACUAAGAAAAAGACGAUCAAAGUCGGUAACAAAAUCGUUGAUAAAACUGGAAACUGAAGAAGCAUCAAUGUCCCAACCAAAUGGAUUCUCAAAUGAUUCUCCAUCGCCUCCACUGUCUCCGUUGAUCCGACCAGAGAGUCCAGAAGAAAUAGAGACCUCGCCUCCUCCAUUGGAUCUAGAUGCCUAUAAAGCUCCUGUUUCACCAUCUGCAUUCUUAAAUCUCUUGAAGGAUUUGAGUCAACAGCAGCACGAAACAGUAAGUGAUGGUAGUAAAAUUUCAGAAGUAGACGAAGAGAUGAAAAAAACAGAAGAAGAGAAACAACCUAUAGAUGUCAAAGAGUUGGUUUCCUCGCCGUCGUUCACUGCACUUUUGAAUUCAUGGGGACAGGAUGUUAAUACCUUAUUCUCGUCGGGUAUGUCUCCAAAGUUAUCUCCCGUAGACUUUGAAACCAUGCUAUACAAUUUGGGAACUGGCAUCCCUCCCUCGCCUACCACACUUCCAACCAUUCCUGAAAUUGUAAACUCUCCGUCUGCCUCGUAUCUAUACAACUUCUAUGUUGAUGUAGUUUCUAAGAAAGUGUCUAUAGCUCCCAGCUCUCAGAACGCAAACUCAUACCAGAAUGUGUUCUUGCCAUUGGCUCAUAGAGACAAUGGUGUUCUCUAUGGUAUUUUGGCGUGGGCUGGGUACCACUUGGGAGGCCAAUGGGCCGAAGAAGGAAAUAAGUAUGCUGAGCUUGCAUUGCAGCAUAUCAAUAACGGCUUGCACAAGGACAAAACUUUAUCAGGUGAUCGUCAGUCUGCCCUCAACAAGUUGGCAGCUUUGUUAAUCUUAUGUGGUGCAGAAAUUUGUAAAGGAGACGUAAAGAAAUGGUCUGUUUAUUUGAACUGGGGCUGGAAGAUCUUGCGUUCGCAUGGAGGCAUCUUGAGCUUCAACAAGCUGAAGGAAGAACAUUGGUUGAUUUCCAACUUUGCCUACCAUGACCUUUUGGCCAGUUCUUCUACUGAGAGAGGGACAUAUUUCCCGUCCAAGGAUUACGACGAAAUUUUCAAAGAUAGCCAGGGCUUUUCUCGGGGGACAUUAAAUCCUUUGUUGGGGGUAUCGAAGAAGCUAUAUCGUAUAAUUGGAGAUAUCAGCACUCUUGUGUACGAAAGCAAGAAGAUUUUGCAUCUGUACUAUAGUCAGAAUUCUCCUUCAACUGACAAUGAAAGUGUCGCUGUUUCAGACUCUCCAGAAUUGGCAAAUGAUGUCAAUUUAGACGAAGAUAAUGAAUCGGAAAUCAGUGACCACGGCAGAAUCAGUCGUAUGUUGCUUACAGUGAUUCAGAAGUCACGAGAUUUGGAAAAGGAAAUCGAUGAGUCCCGACCUGAAUCUGACGAUUUGGUAGGUUUGACUGACGAGGAGUUGGAGUUACAGUUGACACUUUUCGAGGCAUUCCAAUUGAGUGCCAAAUUGUUCUUGAAUCAAUCGAUCAUGAAGUGCAAUCCGUCCAUGUUGGAAAGUCAGGUCAUCAAAAAUGACUUAAUAAAGUGCAUUGACAUUCUUUUGGGUACACCGGUUCAGGCAUCGCUUGUAUUUCCUGUGUUUAUGGCCGGGAUACACUGUGUGACCAAUCACGACCGUGGUGAAAUGAAGAAGAGAAUGGACGAAUUCAUGAAGUUGUACGGACCAUGGAAUGUUCGUCGUGCCAAAUUCAUCGUAGAAAAGGUGUGGGAAAGCAACCCUCUGGGAGACAACGUUGUGGAUUGGUAUACAAUUUUGAAGGAAUUGCAAUGGGACAUUAAUUUUGCAUGAUAUAGAAUAAUCGGAUAGACUUAGCAGCAAGUAAAUAAGGAAUAUAAGUAUAAGGUUCUUCUG